AUGAGCUGUAGUAUUAAGCAGACAACUGGCUCUCUCAGGGGCAGGACCAGCGGCGGCAGCUGCGUGAUUGGUGGUGGUGGUGGUGGCGGAGCGCGGAUCUCCUCGGUCUCCUCUGGAAGAUACACGACCUGCGGGAUAGGCGGGAGCCGAGGGUUUUCUGGGAGAAGCUACUGUGGUGGUGUGAAUUACGGAGGAGGACUGAGCACCGGCAGUUUGGUCGGUGGAAACUAUGGAGGUGGCUUAGGAGCCGCUGUCCUCGGAGGAUGUGCAGGCAUGGGAUUCAGUGGUGGCAGCGCUCGCUUUGGCGGUGGCAUGGGAGGUGGCAUGGGUAUGGGUCUUGGUGGAGGUGGUUUUGCUGGUGAUGGCAUUCUUCUUUCUGGUGACGAGAAGGUCACCAUGCAAAACCUGAAUGACCGCCUGGCUUCUUACCUGGACAAGGUGAGGUGCCUGGAACAAGAGAAUGCUGACCUGGAGUGCAGGAUCAGGGAGUGGUAUGCCAAGCAGGGCCCUUUUUGUGAGCCACGGGACUACAGCUGCUAUUACAAAGAAAUAGAAGAUCUUCAGAACCAGAUUGUCUGUGCAACCAUAGACAACAACAAGAUCAUUCUGAACAUCGAUAACAGCAGGAUGACAGCCGACGACUUCCGAGUGAAGUACGAGACGGAGCUGGCCCUGCGCCAGAGCGUGGAGGCAGACAUCAAUGGGCUGCGCCAGGUGCUGGACCAGCUGACGCUGUGCAGGUCUGACCUGGAGGCACAGCUGGAGUCGCUGCGGGAGGAGCUCUGCUGCCUGAAGAAGAACCACGAGGAGGAAAUGUGUUGUCUGAGGAAGCAAUCGACAGGAGAUGUGAGCGUGGAGGUCAAUGCCUGCCCUGGCCCAGACCUCAGGAAGAUCCUGGAGGAGAUGAGGUGCCAGUAUGAGACGCUGAUUGAACGCAACCGCAAAGAAGUUGAGGAUUGGUACGAGUGCAAGAUUGAGGAGGUGAAUCGGGAGGUUAUUACAAGUGGUCAGGAGGUGGAGACGUGCAACAACCAGGUGACUGAACUGAGACGCCAAUUGCAAACCCUGGAAAUCGAUCUCCAAGCUCAGCUCAGCCAGAGGGACAAUCUGGAGUCCUCGCUGGCCGAGACAGAGUGUCGCUACAACAACCACCUUGCUGAGCUGCAGAGCCAGAUCACCUGUGUGGAGCAGCAGCUGGCUGACCUGCGGGCAGAGAUGGAGUGCCAGAACCAAGAGUACAAGAUCCUGCUGGACGUUAAGUGCCGCCUGGAGCAGGAGAUCCACACGUACCGCUGCCUGCUGGAGGGUGGCCAGCAGGACCUUAUUCAGCAAGGAGGAAUUGGUCAGUCUUCAGGUUUAGGAGGAGGAGUUGCAAGAAGCAGUGGGAUAGGAGGAGGAGGCAUCAUUAGGACAAGCCACACUUACACUUCAUCUGCCCAGAUCCCAUCCUGUGCAGCUGCGGAGAUCCAAGUGCCUUGCAGAAGGAUUUGUGAUUAA